GGCAGGGACAGAAGCACUGGGGGCUAGAGGCCUCUGGCAGCCAGGAGUGAGGCUGCUCAGCUAGAAGAAGGAGACAGCUCCCAAGGCCCCGGGCAGUGGCCCCCCAGAGAUGGAGCAGAAGGAAGAGAAGCCCUCUGAGGAUGGGACCACUGUCUCCCCAACCCCAGGGACCUCAGGGACGCCAGGAGGUGACACCUCUGCAGGGGAGGAGGCCAAAGGCACCAGCACCGCCACAGAGGGGCCUCCGGAUGGGGCAGGAAAGCAGGAAAGAGCUCCAGCUGAGGGUGGUGCAUCAGCUGAUUUCCAGGGGGAAGCCAAUGGGUUGGAUGAGGUCAAGGUGGAGUCCAAAGUGGAGGCUGAACUUCCAAAGGAGGACAGUGGGAAGGAAGAGACCAAAAAGGCUCCUCAGGAGAUGACGGGUGGGAAAGAAGAGACAAACUCUGAACCCAAGGAGGCCGAGGGAAAGGAGGGGACGGUGUUGGCCACGGAGAAGCAGAAGGCUGAGGAAAAAGCGGCCACGCCCGAAUCCAGGGAGAAAGCCGAUGUGGAGGACCAGGCCAAAGCUGAGCUGAAGCAGGGCGCUGGGGAGCAGGAGGCCGGGGCUGGGUCCAGGGAGGCUGAUGGGGAGCAGGAGGCCACGACAGCCUCUCUGGAGGAGAGCGCCGAGACGGAGGAGCCCAAGGCUGAAGCCCAGGCGAAAGCCAGUGCCCCAGAGGCCACGUCGGACUCUGAGAAGAAGGCUGCUCUGGAAGAUGAGGCCCAGGCUGAGCCACAGGACAGUGACCUGAGGGAGGAGGUGGAGUCAGGCGGUCCCAAUGCAGAGCAGGAUCAGGGUGCGGAGAAAGAGUCGGAGGAAGGAGCAGGGGUGAGUCCCAGCUCCCCCGAGGAAUGGCCCGAGAGCCCCACGGAGGAGGGUCAAGGCCUCAGCCCAGAGGGGUUGGGCCCAGACACCACAGCUUCUGGAGAGACCAGUCCCUCAGCCAGUGAGUCUUCACCCAGCGAGGUGCCCCAGAGUCCCACGGAGCCCCCUCCCUCACAGGAGAAGAAGAAGGAGAAGGCACCGGAACGCAGGGUGACAGCCCCUGCCCGGCCCCGGGGGGCCCGUGCGCAGAACCGCAAAGCCAUCGUGGACAAGUUUGGAGGGGCAGCCUCGGGCCCCACGGCCCUGUUCCGGAACACGAAGGCAGCCGGGACAGCCAUCGGCAGCGUCAAGAACAUGCUCUUGGAGUGGUGCAGGGCCAUGACGAGAAACUACGAGCACGUGGACAUUCAGAACUUCUCGUCCAGCUGGAGCAGCGGCAUGGCCUUCUGCGCCCUCAUCCACAAGUUCUUCCCCGAUGCCUUUGACUACGCCGAGCUGGACCCCUCCAAGCGCCGGCACAACUUCACCUUGGCCUUCUCCACCGCAGAGAAACUGGCCGACUGUGCCCAGCUGCUGGAGGUGGAUGACAUGGUGCGCUUGGCAGUGCCUGACUCCAAGUGCGUCUAUACCUACAUCCAAGAGCUGUAUCGCUGCCUAGUGCAGAAGGGACUGGUGAAGACCAAGAAGAAAUGAGGAGCCGACCGACCCUGUGGGCAGGGUGCCCAGCUGACCAGCCACGGCCCAAGGCUCCCUUCCGCUCCAGAGACAAGAGAGCCGGGGCUUGGGCAAAGGCAGGUGGUACCAGUCUUAAUGCAUUAAAGGUACUUUUGUAAAAUCCUGUCUGGCCCUCAGUGCUCCCUCCCUAUCCCAGCCAGGAACCUGUCCCUCUCUGGGACAAUAAACCCUGGCUGCCAGGAUUCCUCAGCUGACAUUUC